CCGGCGGGCGGCCUUACUGCAUCCCUGAAAACGGAAGGCGCUUUUCGUCCAAUCCACAUCGUGCUUCUUCUUCUGAAGCAUAGGAUUGGUUGAAAUGUGGCCAAUGGCAUCGCGCUCGGUCCGGCAACAGAACCACUCGUUCAGCACGCUUCCAGCACUCUCGAGCAUCAUGUUUCGCCACGUCGCGCGAUCGCUGCAGCGCGCCGCCAGCCUCCGCGUCGCGGCCGCGUCGCCGGCGAUGCACAUGGCGCCCUUCCAACUGCCUGCAACGCGGUACUUUGCGACGCCGCCGUCCCAGCGCGCGCCGACCAAAAUGCUCUCGGUGCUCGAAGUCAAGCAGCUCGGGCAGUCGACCAAGCAAGAGAUCCUCAAGAAGCACGGCAGCGCCGGCUUCUUCUCGCGCGCCAAGCAGGUACGCCACACGUGGACCGAGUUCUGCGCAAGCACGCCGGCGCCGUCGUCGAUGGACUUGCAAAUGUUCUUUGCGGCCGCCAAAGCCACGGAAGCCGACUAUGUCAUCAUCGAGUCGCUCCUCCAGCUGCGUGCCAACUACCCAAAGGACGUCAAGAUCAAGCACUACAUCGAGUCCAAGGUCGCGUUCCUGCGCUCGAAGCGCCUCGAAGCGAUGCUCGAGAUCUUUGAGGACGAGCGGGCGUCGCACUCGCACCCGCAGGCCAUCUUUUACGUCUGGGCGCUCAGCGCGCUCAACGACCUCGGGCAGUUUGACCGCGCGCACGCCCUCCUCGUCGAGAUGCGCCACGCCGGCUACAUGGUGCCAAACGACACGGUCACGCGCAUCAUGUACAACCUCGCGCUCGCCAACGACAAGGAAGGAGUCCUUGCGCUCUACGAGCUCGUGGACGCGACCAUGGGCAUUUGGACGCCCGUGGCGCUCAACCGGCUCAUGACGUCGCUCGGGCGCGUCGGCUGCCCGGAAGAAGCCUUUCAGUUCUACUCGCUCUCGACCAUGGAGCUCGACCCGUCGACGUUCCGGACGCUGCUCGAAAUUUGCGUCCGGAACAAGUGCUUGAAGGAGACAGCCGACGUGCUAAAGAACCGAAGCCUCUUCAACAUCACAUUGGACGCGAGCGGCUACAACACGAUCCUCGAGGCGCUCUUGAUCCUCGAUCGCGUCGACGAGAUCGGCGACAUUCUCAACGAGAUGGCCGAGCAUGGCAUCAAGUCGGACUCGAAGACGGAGUUCAUCUUGCGUCGGUGCCAGUAUGCAUCCCGCGCGACGCCCCACAGCAAGCCGUCGAUGACCAAUGCGUUCAAUUCGACGGGCCUCAAGGACCCGAGUGCGACACAACUCGACCUCUUUCUGCACCACGAGGACUAUGCGUCGGCGUCGACGCUGGCUUCUGAGCUUCUCACCGAGCAAAAGACACCGCUGCACAUGCAGACGCUGGAUGCAGUCAUGCGCGCAUUCAUCUACGCGGGCGACGACCACAAGGUCGAUGCGCUUCUCGCGCAUCUGACGACGUCGACGUGGUCGAGCUCGGGCGUCGCGCUGCAAACCGCCAUGCGCCACUACGCCAAUCGCGUCGCCGACAAAACCGGCAAAUUUAUGAUUGCGGAUCCGGACCGCGCAAUGGCCGCGUACAAGGCUGCGCGCUUCCAAGGUGUCCCGAUGCUCAGCCCCGGGCGGAUGUUUCCCGUCUUCCUCUACGUGUGCGACGCCGAUGCAGCGAUCUACGAGCUCCAGACGUACAUGGAGUACCAUCUCCGGGACCCGAUGAAGGCGCGGCAGAUGCGCGAGACCGUCUUCUUUGAUACCCUCCGCGUGUGCAUCAAGGCGCAGCGCUACGACGACUACGACAAGCUCAUCAAGAGUAUUGUCGAUGCCCAGUACAUGCUGUCGCCCAAGGCGUUCCACUCGUUUUGGUUCGACCCGACAAAGUACUCGCUCUUCCAGCGCGGGAUGCCGCAUCUGUCCGAGAAGCAAAAGCACGACCAGCUCUUGCGCCUCGGCAAGUCGCUCAACGCAAGUCUCCGCCUCCUCAUGGACAAGCAGCACUUCGAACCGACGUACGAGAUGAUUGACGCGGUCGCCAAUACACUCUACUACUCGGGGUAUCGCUCGACGCUCGCGCAGCUCUACUUGAAAGCGUCGAAAUGCGACCAUGAUGUGCUGCCCGAGCAAACGUACGGCAAGAUCCUCGACGUCCUCGUCGUCGGCAAGCGCGUCCCGCACGCCCAAGCGCUGUACGCCGAAGCCAACGCGCGCCUCUCGCACGUGAACCAGCCGUGGCUUCUCGCGGCGCCGAUCGCCCAAGGUCUCGCCGACGCGGGCAAGUACGACGCGCUCUUUGCCCACAUCGACGCGCACCCGUACCCGAGCGUCUUUCGCAGUGCGCUCCUCGCGCUCUACCCCCGGGCGCCAUUGGCGGUCGUCCGCGAUGUCCUCGACAAGAUGCUCGCAGCCGACCUCGUGCCCAACAUGCAACUGGUGCAGCGCGCGAUGCUGGCGGCGGUCAAAGCCGGCGAGAAGAAGAACCAAGUGCGCGAGAUCCCUGGCUUUGUCAACGCGUUCUUGUCGCCGCUGGAAGCGCGGCUCGUGGUCGAUGACGUCGUCCAGCCGACGCUGAGCUUGACCAACUCGAGCGGCCUCACGUCGACAACGGACGUCGACGUUCGCGAACUCAAGCGCACGUACGGCUUUGCGCAAAAGGCUCUCGCGAUGACGCAGGACGACAGCGCGAUUGCUGCGCACGCCGACAAGAUGCGCCGCUGGAGCCUCGCGCCCAAGAGUACCAACUAGACACCACCGACUAGACACUGCAAUAGACAAUAUUCAUACGA